GUUUUCCCCUAUUAUUACAUUUUAUUGAAAAAAAUGUUGAUUAUACAUGAAGAAGAAACCAUUGUAAUUUCAUCUCUGUCACUACCCAUGAUAUUCUCUCUGUUACUACACCCAUGAAACUUCACUCUUAAAACUCCACAUAUAAUGAAUGCCCCCUUUUGCUAUUAACAAUUAUUAAAAGAUUUAUUGAUAAUGCAUGAAGAGGAAAUAUACUCAAUUUAAUGUCUGUUAUCCACCUCUUUACUCACUCCCCAUGAUACAUGAUAAAUUUAUAGUUUAAAAUUUAGAUUUGUAAUUGCACGUAGGAGAAAGAGAUCACCUGAAAUCUAUAGGGAGAGAAGGACAACAAACCCUGAUAGGGCAACUAUUGGACAGGCUCAUAUCAAUGAAUUAGAGGUUUUACUAAGGCGUGAGGUUCUUCUGUGGACUGCUAGCAGUUAAAGUAAACAGGAGUUCUGUCAAAAGUCAGACACCAAUUAGAAAGCAAAACAGUUUAUUCAAGAAAUAGCCCAAAAACAAGUCACAAACAUAAAAGAUGGCUUAAAACACUUAACUUUCAGUGUUUUAAAGCAGUUCAAACAAAAAUAUAUCAAAAGCUAUGCUUUAACAAAUAAACCGGAUUAUUCAAGCAAAUAAUCCAUCUUAAACCAAAAGGUUCUUCAGUUUGACUCAAAACGUUCUGAGUUGACUUGAAAUCAGCAGCCAAAACAAAGCAAAGACUUUAAAACUCCCAAAAAACUCCCCAAAGUCCCAAACUAGCAAUGUAAACUUAAAACUCCAAACGGAAAACCUAAACGGGGCAAAGGAGCUAUCCACUGAAUAGCUUGUAAACAAACUUUGGAAGCUGGUGCAAAAAGGAGAGAGAGAGGCUCCAAGCCCCUACGGAGGCAACACCAGGCUUUGAGAUUUAAAGGGACAGAGCAAGGAAAUGUCAUCAAACCGGUCCGGAGUCGAAACAGGAGAAGUAGCAAUAAUAGUGCAGUCAAUGCCAGGAGUUCAAAGAACGAAGUGAAGAGACGUCGUCAGGUCGGUCCAGGGUCAGGAAAGGAGGCAGCAACAGGGUCGGGAGGCUAGCCAGGAGUCGAGAGCCAUAGGUAGUCACAAAUCAGGGAGCAACGCGGAGAAGCUUAAGGAGCGAAGGCAGAAGCAGAGUAGAGUUCCAGUCCAAGGUCCAGUAGUCAUCAGUUCAAGGUCCACGAAACGGAAUGGCACAAAGAGCCAAGGUAACGGAGGCAACAGCAGCUAAUGCAAAAUAGUAAUAACAGUGCAGUCCAGGAAAACCCACACAGUUCCAGCCCUCCAUUGCAAAACAACCCAGAUUAAUUUACAUCAGAAGCAAAGUCCCAGUCCAGUCUUCAAUAACACGUACAGGAGUCCCAGUGGCACCCAGCAACACCUUGCCACACACAAAGUGAAGUGCCUAAACAUUCCCAUUUUAUCUCAAUUCUCCCAGAGUGUCCAAACACCAACGCCCAAAGAGCAGGUGAUCCAAAUCCUUAAUCUGAAUCAGAACUCCAAUCAACCUGCCCACGCCCAACACCACACACACCUGGAGAUCCAUCCUGCUCCAAGCAGCCCAAGUGGGGUCUGCUUCUGAAGAUACCCAAGCUUCCCCAGUGUCAGCAGUAUCCAUGGGCCCCGAUUCCUCCCCAGGCAUCUCCGGUGCCCGUGCCCAGUCAGUGCCCACUUCUUCAGCCACCACCUGUUCCCCAGCAUCCAUUUCUUCCACAGACUCCCCAUCUGAAUCUUCCUCAGAAGACUCCCUAUUGCGAUCCCUAAUUCUCUUUCUGUGCAAAUCCUCCAGCGAGCCCUCCUCGCGAGGGUUUUUCCUUCCUCUCCUGAUCCCACCACCAUCAUUCACAGUCCCCGAAGGCGCAGUCACAACAAGUUCAGAACACUGUGUCCUAAGAAAUCUUUUUUGUUUGAAGUGUAGCCUACAUACAAGGCAGAAGGCACUAAUGUAAACUUUAUUGUGGUUAAUGCAGAACUCCACUGACCUCAUGUAACAUUUACUUUUGUGUUACUUUAAAAUCUAAACUAGGAAAGGUGACGUUUUUCAAAUCAGUAGUUUUGGGAAGAUGGAGUUGGACCAGCCUCAAUGGACUCUAGCACAGUCAGUAAACUUGGGAUUUCAAAUGUCUCCAUGUGUGACUGCCCCAAACUGAGUUGCAAAACAACAGUGUUUACAGUCUCACAUUUCAGAUUUUCUCUACACAAUAACCUUUGAAACAAAUGCUUUAAUUUUUAGAUAUGAUGCCACAUUUAAGUUAAGUAUUCAGUCCCUUCUGAAAUACUGUAUUACAGGAAUGCGUACUAAAAGAUGUAACAAAAAAAACCAUUUCAACAUUUGUUUAUUUUGACCCAACCCACUUAAUAUUUAAAAAUAUUUAUAAAUCAUAAAAGGAUUUUAAUUGAAAAUUCUAUUUGUAUAUUUCCAUUAUUGUUGAAAAUGUAGUUUAAAUCUGCUCAGAAAUGCAUUCUGAUCCAAAGGUAAAGAGGAUUGUAGGGGUCAUAUUUAUUUAUUUAUUUAUUUACAGUAUUUCUAUUCCGCCCUUCUCACCCCGAAGGGGACUCAGGGCGGAUCACAUUAUAACACACAUAGGGCAAACAUUCAAUGCCCAUAAACACAUCAAACAGAGACUGAGAGACACACGCAGAGGCAAGUUAACCUUCUUCUGAGGGGAUGUUGGCCACAGGGGGGAGCAGCUGCUUCAUCAUCCACACUGACGGCACUUCCUCAUUCCUGGUCGUAAAUUAGUUAAUCUUGCCUCCCCACUUAUAAGUGGUACCUUAUCUCCUACUUGAUAGAUACAACUAUCUUUCGGGUUGCUAGGUCAGCAACAAGCAGGGGCUAUUUUUUAUUUUUAAUUGACGGGUGCUCACCCCGCCACGGGCUGGCCUUGAACUCAUGACCUCAUGGUCAGAGUGAUUUAAGGCAGCUGCUCAACAGCUGCGCCACAGCCCGGCCCCAUUCAUAUGUUCACCUAUAAGGUGUUCUUCAUAAUCAUUUUGUCAUUGGGUAAGGGUAGUGAAAUACUGGCUCUGAAAGUCCUUUUACCAAUUGAGAUUUGGGUGGGAGUUAAAGCUGUCUUUAAUUUUUUACAGUUACAGUAAGAGCUCCCUAAAAUGUUCCACCAUGAAACAGUAUGCUCAUCUUAACAGAAAAUGAACACAUUACAUUUUAUGACUGUCUGUCGUCCCAAAUCCACAGUUGCUUCUGUUAUCUAGAAACCACUUGUCUGCUUCCAUUCAGCAGCUUUAACCUAAGAAGUAAAAAGCUCUUUCCGUUUGAUGAGAAAGAUUGAUUCAGGAGUAUGACCAGUGACAUCCUUGAUUGGGUGUAAACACAUUAGAUAACAGCUUGAAGAAUCAUAUUUGGUGAAUAUCUUACACUCAGCUAUAUGUGUAGUACUAUCAAUAAUUGAAUUUCAUAGGGGUUCUUUCUUUCUAAUUCCAAGCAUCCCAUUAGUUAUCAUUUCAAGUUUUCAGUGGUGAAGCUAAGGUUCAACAGAGGCAGCUUGUAAGGUCAUAUAGGGUAGUUAGUGCCUAGCCCCUUCAUUCUUCUUCCAAAUUUGGGCAAGCAUUUACUUGUUGUUGCAGUCUGAACACAUUUUGUUUCCUCUUGUGUUGUUUCCUUCACCCAUUCUUCAGCUUGCUUCUCCUUUUACUUUGUAUUACAUUGGUAAGUGCCAUGGAUUAAGGCGAACAUCCUCUGUGUGAUGGGUGCAUAUGCCUCUGAACUCUCCCCAUAGUUACUGUUAACUGAGAGGCAGUGCGGGAGACUAUCUUUGAGGUCUGUCCUCCUAUGUUCUUUUAUCCUAACCAGGUUUAGAUCUAAAACGUCUACCAGUACCAUGAAAUUUACAUUUAAGUUGAUCAUGGUUGCACAUUAGCCAGUCAUCUUCCAAUUCUUUUAUUCAACAUGUAUAUGCAAAACUGGCUGAUUCCAGCAGUGAAUUUCAUUUUCUUAGUUUCUUUUUCUCUAAUUCUAGACAGAGCUCAGUCACAGCCUAUGAGGUCUCUUUUUUCUUGCGAAACAGAAGAGUGGCUAAUUGUCAAUCUGUUUUGUGAGGGGAUCAGGUUUUUAAACUGUUGUGAGUGGUGAUGCUGUUAUUCUAACUGAUUUUCUGUGCUCUCAGAACCUGCUGCAAAUGUUUACUCCUGAGUAAUCCAGUCAUUUAAACUUGUGAGUAGACAAUGGAAGCUGGAUUUUUAUAUCUCAUUUCCUUUUCAUGUUAGUUAUUGUUUUGUUUGGCGAUGUAGUUGUGGUGUUGGUGCAAAUAGUUGUACUUUUCAUGUGCCUAGAAAUUGUUGGUUGACUCCAAAGACUUUUCAAAUGUGAGUGAAGAGAUAUUUUCUUUAUUCCACCCAUACCCUCAUCUUUACUUUCAGUGUCGCUAUUGCAAAGGAACAGUGUCACCGAUGUUAGUGUCAUAAUUUAUUGUGGCUCUUUAGGAUCCUUCUCCUAGUGUUUUGCACAUGUGGUCUUAAAGUUAGUUGAUCCUCUGUGCAAUGAGCCCUCAUGGAAUAGGACUAUGGGGUUAGGGUUGGACUAUGGGGUUCCAAAAUAGUGCUUUUGUGUGACUGUAUGGAUUACUGAUUCUUCUUAAUAAUGUCUAUAUGACUAAAAAUCAAUACACCUUUCUUUGAUGUGGGUUGCUGACCCCUUGGCUAUAUCUUUGGUGACCCUGCCCUCUUUGCCACCAUUUGCAAUGAGCACCAGCUGCCAGUUGAGUUUGAUACUAUCAAGUGUCAUCAUCUAAGAGGCUGCCAUCUUCAUGUCUGGCUCUUAUCUGAGGAGGUUCCUUAGUAAUAAUCUAAAUUGGGACAGUGAACUUGGAUGACAAUUGAGCUAUCCUGUAGCUAUUCUUUAGAUAUUUCCCCAUAGCAGAAUGAAGUGGUUUUCAGUCUAAAAUGUUAGUCUUUCCUUGCUAUGUUUUUUUACUUUGGAAGAUUGAUUUGUGUCCAUACAUCCCAAGGGUAGCUUUCAACAUCAGUGUCUUAUUGUAGUUUCCCCUCUGGUGGAUAGCUUUGCCAUAUGCAACAAUAGAAGUAUAGCUCAUAUUGUAAUGUGGAAGGAAUGAGGCAGGACUUCUUUGAUAAUACAGCAGAUAAAGCAAUUUCUUUGUGUAUUUUUCUUCACUCUAGCUUUUCACUCACUGGCACCACCAAUUUUUGGCAGCGGUUAUGCUGAAAUUGCGAUGAAAUGGGAAAAGGGGAGGGCUUGGUGGAUUGCAGUGUAAUCUUAUCAUACUUCUUAUACCUCAGAGGCCCCUACUUUUGUCUUAUUUGGGUACACUGGGAAUCAGUCAUUAAACUCAUAAGAGUUUAUGAGACCAGACAGUGCAAAGAUAAUGUGUCCAUAACUAUAGUUACAAUUUAUAAAUUAUUUUAAAAUCCACCAUGAGCACUUCAUGCUAUAAAUAUAGCGAAAAUGUAUUAAAUUUGUCUCUGAAUGUACAUAUUGACUGUAUGUAGAUAAUAGCAAGUUUUAUUGCCCGGUAACUUUUUGUUUCUCUACAGUGGCCUUAAACAAUCAGAGGCAGAGUCCUGCUACAUUAACAUAGCAAGAACACUUGAAUUCUAUGGAGUGGAGUUGCACAGUGGAUUUGCAUAAUCUUGAUCUUAUGAUUGGAAUUGCUUCAGGGGGCAUUGCUAUAUAUAGAAAACUCAUCUGUACGAGCUUCUAUCCAUGGGUGAAUAUAAUAAAAAUUUCUUUUAAACGAAAGAAAUUCUUUAUUCAGCAGCGGCAAAAACACAGUGAAUCCAGGGAACACAUUGUUGCCUUCAAUAUGUUGAACUACAGAGCAUGCAAAAACUUGUGGAAAUCUUGUGUAGAGCUUCACACAUUUUUCCAAGCAAAAAAGAUGCUACCUCAUGAAAAGAAAUUACAAUCUCAUUUUUGGACCAUGGGUUCUAGAACACCAACUAAAUCUAAUAAUCAGUGUUGCAGAAAAGUAAUAGGUGGCAUGAUUUGGAAUCCAGCUUUGAGGAGAUCAUUAUCUGUUGAACACCUAGAGACCAAAAGUCUUCCUUCACGAUCUCCUCCAGUUACGCCAAACUGGAGAAGUCCUAGACUGCGUCAUGAGAUUCGCAAACCAAAGCAUUCAUCUGUAGAUAACCUUGCAAAUGAGAUUUCGUAUAUAACAGAAACGGAAGAUGUUUUUUACACCUAUAAGGACUCCUCAGCUUCAAAAGACUCUGAUUCAGUAUUAUGUCAGAAUCUCCAGCAAAGGAAUAUAUUGGAAAAUAAUUCAGCACAGAAGUCUUCACCUCAAACAAGCAAUGAAGUUAGCAGCCUUCAGGGGUCUCAUCCUUUGGGUGGAAGAGAUAAACAAUUUCCAGAAACAAAUGAAAAUCUUGCAAAAGGACUUUUAAUGGACGAUUCUAAUCAAUACUACUUUGAUAAGAAUGAUGUUAUUGAUGGAGACUUGCUUUUGAUACACAUCUUGCCAGAUGAAGAUGGGAAAUUUGGCUUUAAUCUAAAGGGUGGUAUUGAUCAGAAGAUGCCUCUUGUUGUGUCCAGAAUUAUGCCAGGUUCUCCAUCUGAUAAAUGUGCUCCAAAAUUACUUGAAGGUGAUCAGAUAGUAUUAAUUAAUGGCCGGGACAUCUCUGAGCAUACCCACGACCAAGUAGUAAUGUUUAUAAAAGCAAGCAGAGAAUCACACACAAGAGAGCUUGUGCUACUGGUCAGGCGGAAAGUCAUCAAACCAUUUGCUGAGAACAAGUCAGAGGAUGAAACCGAUAGCUUUAACUUCCCAGAAACAAUUCUUCCAGCCUGUUCAGAAUAUGGUCAGACCCUAGAAGAAUCAAUGGAACAACUGAAGAAAGGUCUAGAAAGUGGAACAAUCUUAAUUAAGUUUGAGCAACUUUACAGAAAAAAACCAGGUUUAGCUAUUACCUGUGCAAAGCUACCUCAGAAUAUGGAUAAAAAUCGGUACAAAGAUGUUCUACCUUAUGAUAUUACGCGAGUAGUAUUACGAGGAGAGGAAAAUUAUAUAAAUGCAAAUUAUGUGAAUAUGGAAAUAUAUUCCACUGGCAUUGUGAACAAAUAUAUUGCCACUCAAGGCCCUCUUUCACAUACCUGUGUUCAUUUCUGGCAAGCAGUUUGGGAUCACAAAUUGUCACUAAUUAUCAUGUUGACAACUCUCACAGAACGAGGGCGGACCAAAUGCCAUCCUUAUUGGCCGGAUCCCCCUGACAUUGUGGAAUUUGGCAACUUUCGUAUCAAGUGUCGCACUGAAGAUUGCACCAUUGCUUACGUCUUCAGAGAAAUUCUUAUUACGAAUAUUGAAACAGAAGAAGAACACACUGUUACUCAUCUCCAGUAUGUGGCAUGGCCUGACCAUGGUGUCCCUGAUGAUUCCACAGCCUUUUUGGAAUUUGUGACCUAUAUGAGACCAAAGAGAAUAGAAAAUGAGCCAGUUCUGGUUCACUGCAGUGCUGGAAUAGGCCGGACUGGGGUAUUGGUUGCUAUGGAAACAGCUAUGUGCUUAAUUGAAAGAAACCAACCUGUUUAUCCACUGGAUAUUGUACGGAAAAUGCGAGACCAUCGUCCCAUGAUGGUGCAAACAUCUAGUCAGUACAAAUUUGUCUGUGAAGCUAUUCUUCAUGUCUAUAAAGAAGGAAUUGUUCGUCCAUUGGAUUCCAGGUAGCAUAACUGUGAAGAAAACUAGUUCAUCUAUCUGAAAACAUAUCAAUAAAACCCAAGUGGUUUGCGGUUAUAAAUCACACUGGAGCUCACCAAGGCUGUUGGGAAGAGAAAGCAAGCUUGUACUCUGGCACUUUAAAAUUGUGUAGAAAACGAUUAAACUCUGUAGCAUAUAUAGGCAGGCUCGCAAAUAAAUGGGACAUGGAAUGUACCACAUUGAAAACAAGGAAAUCUUAAUAUACCCACAAUAUGCACCUUUUAUUGCCUUAAAACAUUUUUCCUUAGGAUCUGUACAUCUGGUGCAUACAAUUGCAAACAGGAAAAGACCAACAGCAAUACCACUGGAAAGCAACAAUUGCUGAAAAGCCAUGCUUUUAUUCUGUGGAGAGCUGAGUAGCCCACCAUAGCUCACUCAAAACCGGACUGAAUCGUCCAGUACAAAGUAGCACUGCAAUAUUGACUAGCUUCUCAAACAUUUUUGGAGUUGGAAAUCAUCUAACACGAAGAUGUUGUGAUUUUUAUACAUCUGUUUGUAUCACCAUUAAAUGUUCAUAAAUUGAGCAAAGAUGGCAUAACCUACAAAAAUGUAUGGUUUAUAUCUGAGAUAAAUACAUUCUUGUGUCUUUGUAUAUGUUUUCUGUUAUUCUUUAUCUUCAGAUUUGUUGUUCAAAAUAGGGAAUAAUGUUAUUUUUCAGUUCAAUUUGCAUAAUAUACUUUUCUGAUUGUUUCUACUGGAGAUGGCAACUGACUGCUGAAAUUUCUUUAUUGUGUUUAACAUUGUGCCGGAGGCUUUUACUGCUGAAACAACCUCUUGCUGCUAAAUGUAAAAGAGUGUAAAUGUUCAGUUCUUUAAAUACUAUGGGUCUUUUUUCUCGAUCAAGAGUGUCUACCUAACUUUGGGCCAACCCUUUCAUUCAAUUUGCAGCACCAUUGCUAAUGCAAAGCUUGUGUCACAUGGUUGGGUGAAUGCUCAGAGAUACGUCUUAUAUUGUUAUCCCAUUCUCACUAUCAGCCAUAGUUCACUUUACUUGAAAAUAUCCUUGAGUUCUGGCCUACAGAUAGUUAUACCAGAAAGAAUGGAAAGACUGAUCCCUACACAGCUUCCCCCAUUCUUUAGGAUGCUUUUUGCAUCUGUUUUUAUAGGUUUGUGAGGGCUGCUAUGGAAAGGCUGAAGUGGAGAAUUAUGCCUCAGAGGCACAGUUGCAGUUAUCUAAAUGUUGAUCCAAAUUUCGUUCUUCCAGAAGAAUUGUGAUUUGGAUUGCACACAACUUUAUUUUUAUAUCCCGCCUCCAUCUCCCCAGAGGGACUCGGGCCGGCUUACAUGGGGACAAGCCCGAUCCAACAUAGAUUAAAUCCCAACAUAGAUUAAAUCAUAUCUCAAUAAAAUUAAACAACAUUAGAACAAGAUAACAUAAAAUCUACAUCAUCAACAACCAAUAGUCUGGACAGUAAUAAAUACUGGAAUUUGGAGGGUAGGAACUUUUGCAAUAGAGCUACAGAACAGGGCAGGUGGAAAAAUGCAAAGGCCAAAAACAUGUAUUGUCCAAUCCUACUGAUGCUCACUCAGAAGUGCUACCACUAUCUUCUGUGGCACCUUUUGCCAAUAAAUGCAUUAAGCCUUAAUUCCUUGAUAAAUCAUUAUACAAUCCUGCAGCUUUGGGAUAUUAUCUUUGUGUAUGCAAACAUUUGCAUGGUGGCAACAUAAAAGUCAGUGAGUGUAACUGGCUUAGACGUAGCAAGUAUACUACAAAGGUAAUAUCUCAACUGACCUUUUUAUAUGGUGUGUGUGUGUGGGGGGGGAGUGGAAACAAAUCUGGGUCAAUGUAAUGUAAGAAUUAAUUGUAUAAUUAUAUUUUGGUUAUUUUCUUUAAGGUGUGCUGGUCUCAGUUUCAUUUCAAAGGAGAGAAUGUAAAUACAUAACCACUGUAUGAUGUUUAAGAUUCUUUCCUCGUGAAUUAUGCUGUGUUAAACAUAAAGAAAAUGUUUCAUAAUUACGUGUAUGUUAUACAAAAAUGUUUUUGAAGAAAACUGCUUAGAAAACUGAGAAAUAUUUUGUUGGAUCAGACUUGGUGAGACAUGGAGUGGGCUCAAUAAACUAAACCAUGAUUAAUGUUGAUUUCAAUAGCUAUGACUAUGGUUAAGUAUAAAAACAGCUGAUUGUGUCUGUGAGUGUUAAGCUGUAUUUUAACUACAGAUGAAUUAUACUGGGCAGAGGGUGGUAAUGUCUUAAGGGGCUCUUUUUUAUUUCAUUUUCUUACUUGAAAUCAACAAUAGCUUGAAACUGAAUUCAUAAAUGGUGAAAUUUAUUGCUCUGAAACCUCAUGAUUACAUGUUUGUGUGAGUGUUAUCUUUACAUGGUUGAUACAUUUACGGAUUGCCAGGUCUGUGCUUGAAAUUAAAAAGUGACCAGUUGCAAUUACAAUUACAA